GAGCAGAGUGACGCCCUCUCGGCCAUUCUGGCUGCCCAGAGGGUCCAGACCUUCGCUGGGACACACGCCAAACAUCCUAAGCAGCGGGCGGCCGUUAUUAGGCCUGCCGUAGGAGCGGGCUCACAGCCGUGGAAAAAAAGCGGAAGGAAGGACCCCACGCACCGCGAAGUGAAAGACGCCCGCAGCGUGCGGCCCGCUCUAAGGACGCUGUGGGCGGGACUGCGUCGGGGCGGGGCCAGGCUCGAGCCCAGUCUCCAGAGGCCGGAACGGUGAAGUGCCCGGCAGUGAGCGUACUGGACCUCUGUCCUUGGCUCAGCCGGCCGGACAGCCAAGGUGGGGGGCGCCCGGAAGCUGCCCGCCAGUCGGCAGCAAAACAAGCCAUGGCGGCUAUGGCGCGGCUAUGUGGGAUGCAGGCUCUGCGUCCUCUAAGCCGGCUUUCUUGGAAGACACAGGUCAGAUUCACCCACCAGAGAGCUUCAUUGUUGUCCUUCUGGGAACUCAUUCCCAUGAGAGCAGAACCUCUGCGAAAGAAGAAGAAGGUAGAUCCCAAAAAAGAUCAAGCAGCAAAGGACCGUUUGAAAAAGAGGAUCCGAAAACUGGAAAAGGCUAGCCAAGAGUUAAUUCCUAUUGAAGAUUUUAUUACCCCUGUGAGGUUCUUGGAUAAAUCAAGACAACGGCCUCAGGUGGAGCUUCCCUUUGAGGAAAGUGAGCGGAGAGCUCUGCUUCUGAAGAGGUGGUCCCUAUUCAAGCAGCAAGAGCAUCAGAUGGAGAGGGAUGCCAUCAGAGCUAUGCUAGAGGCCCAGCAAGAAGCUCUACAGGAAUUGAAACUUGAGUCCCUAGAGCUCUACACUGAGGCCAUCAAGCGAAACCUCAGCCUGUUCCCCUUUGAGAGGGAAGGGCCGAAUUACACACCACCAAUCUCUAACUACCAGCCCCCUGAAGGCAGGUACAAUGACAUCACCAAGAUAUACACACAGGUAGAAUUCAAGAAAUAAAGCUCAGCACAGCUGUUCUUAAACCAAUCUGCCCCUAGGAGUAUGAGGGCUCUUUUCCACAAGAUUAAACAUGCUGGUAAUAAAUAAAAAUCUAAUCAAAAGCCUCUGUCAAAAUUAAUUCAUCUCAUGGAUGGGAGUGAGAGAUACUGCUAUGCCAGGUACUGGAAAGAAGAUCACAAAGACAUCAACCUCUACCUUCCAGUGGGAAAAAAAUAUGAGUAAAAAGAAAGAUUCCAACUGGGCAUAGUGACUCAGGCCUUUAAUCCCAGGGACUUUAAUCCCAAUACUAGAGGGCAAAAAAAAAAAAAAAAAAAAA